AGGCUAGUAUUUCUUUUGCUCUCAGCCGCUUCCGCGGCUUGAGUUGGUCAGGUCCGAGGAGACUUGGUGUCUGACGCCAUUAGUUUGCUAGUGUCCAUAAAAUAUCACUACCAGGGCUUUUUGACUCAAAGCGCAAACGCAAGAUGAACACGUCCACCACUACAAAUACUCAUGUCGUAGCUCCAUGGGGUUAUGAUUUAUUACCUUCCCAGAGAGAUGUACGAGCGCAAUGGAAAUCCCAAAUCUUUUCUUCGAUAGUUGUAGGUGGUUAUUAUUGGGAUACAAUAAUAUCUCUCCCAAGAGAUUUCCAAUUCAUCUUUCAGCGAAAAUUCAAUUAUGCCACAGUUCUUUUCAUUGUGAACAGGGUCUGCUGCAUCACCACACUAACCAACUUCUGGCUUUUUGCAGUUUAUACUGGCAGUCAGUGUUUGCCAGUGUAUAAGAUUGCAGGCAUUUUGGAACCAGUCACCAUAUUCACAUCACAAGCUUUGUUGCUUAUCAGAGUUCGAGUUCUCUACCAAAAUAAUUGGUAUCUCCUAACAUUCAUGGUUCUUUUUUUAUUCGUCGGCCCAUUGAUAGAUCUCAUAGAGGCCUUUAGAACAACAGGAUUCAAUCUUCCAGGAAACGUUGGUUGUAUGUUUGGCCCGUCUUCACCCUACAUAUAUUUGGUCUUUCUAUUUCAAGCCUUGUUCGACUGUUUAUGUUUUAUACUCUGCAUGUACAAGCUCUUUAGAGUUGGACAGGGAGGCGGGUUCAUGCGCAUUGGAAAAGAAAUGGUAAAUGGUGGUCUGGUUUACUAUAUUCCCAAUGUCGUUAUUCAAAUUGCGACGAUCAUUUUGACCCAACAAAAGGGUAUCGAAGACCAGUUCAUUUUACCACCAGCAGCAGAUGGGAUUGCUUCAGCUCAGGCUCUCAGGAUUACACGCAACCUGUGGUGGAGCGGGCAAAAACAGAAAUACCGGUUAGAAGACCCAAUGAGCUUGACUGCCAUCGGUUCCAAAGAAGGAUCUUUCCCCGGUGAAGAUCGCAAGGUAGAAGACUAUCGGGCGUUUAUGUCAGGACAUAAUAAUCUCUGCAGGGUGGAGAUAGCCUGAUUGGAACCACGCUAAGACAUGGGCACCAUUGAAGUAAAUAGUAUUGUACAUGGAUAGCGAUGUAGCUUCGGGGCUUACCUCUCUAUUAAAUAUAAUGUCUUGUAUGGCAAGGGCUUGCUCCUUAGAACAUGGCCUUCU